GCUUUUGUUUGCAAAGAAACAAACAGAAAAUGGAAACGGCGACAACGAAAAUAACGAAAACAAAAACAAAAACAAGAUUAACAUAGGCCGGUUCUUCUUCUUCUUCUUCUUCUUUCGCUGCUGCUUCUCCUUCUUUGUCUAAACAAUAGCAUCUUUACACACGGAAGAAGAAGAUUCUGUGUUUCUUUGUUUUUCUUUCUUCAAUCUCGAUCUUCCACUGUUAUUCAUAUUAUUUUUUAAUAUAUUAUUAUAUUCGUAAAAGAACUGAAGAGCACAGCUAAGAGAGAGACAAAGAAAGGGACUUGAGAGAAGGAAAAAAAUCAUUUUCUUAUCAUCCUUUUGAAUCUCUUCCAUGGAGCAGCUUGUCAACUUUAUAAUUCGGCCACCCAGAGCUGAAUACCAUCCAGACCAUGAUUUGUUGGAUCAAGAGUUCAUGCUGAAAGGGAAGUGGUACCAAAGAAAGGAUGUAGAGGUUAAAAACAGUCGAGGGGAUGUUCUAAAAUGUAGUCACUAUGUGCCAAUUGUUAGUCCUGAAGGAAAGCCUCUACCCUGUGUUAUUUACUGUCAUGGAAACAGUGGUUGCAGGGCUGAUGCUAGUGAAGCUGCUAUAAUAUUGCUGCCUUCAAAUAUUUCAGUUUUCACCCUUGAUUUCUCAGGAUCUGGACUCUCUGGAGGAGAACAUGUCACUUUAGGGUGGAAUGAAAAGGAUGAUCUGAAAGCCGCGGUAGAUUUUUUGCGGGCAGAUGGAAAUGUCUCUUUAAUUGGCUUGUGGGGUCGUUCAAUGGGUGCUGUCACUAGGUUUUCUUCAUGCACUUUUACCUUCCUCUAAGCUGGCAUAUACUAA